AACUGCGCACACAUUUACAACUUCCUGCUGUUCUUUGCAGUACUCUCACCACACAAACACCAAAUAUUGGCCAGAGGAGGAAGAGGAGGAGAUGGAGACGGCGAUCGGUGCGGCAAGCUGGCUCGUCGGCAAGGUGCUGAAUAAGCUGUCCAAUGACUUGGUGUCCUCGUAUGUGGCAAGCACCGAGCUCGGCUUCAACUCCGAGCAGAUCAAAACCAAGCUCAAGUACAUGCAAGGACUGCUGGAUGCGGCUCAGGACAGGGAUGUGAGCAGCAACCGUGGCCUGCAGAGCUUACUGGAGGACCUGAGCAACAAGGCUGAUGAGGCUGAGGAUGUGCUGGACGAGCUCCACUACUUCAUGAUCCAGGACAAGUUGGACGGCACCACGGAGGCAGGCCCGGAUCUGGGCGAUGGCCUACGUGGCCAUGCUCUCCACGGUCGCCAUGCUGCUCGCCACACAAUUGGUAACUGGCUUCCAUGCUUUUCUUGCUCACGUUCUCGUACACAAGAUGAUGGUUGUGGUACUGCUAUUGCUAUUACCAGUAACCCACACAAUGCAACCAAGUCUGAUAGCGGUGAUGAUGGUGGCUGUGUUCUGAAGUUGAAAUUCGAUAGAGUGGCCAUGUCCAACAAAAUCAAGUCAGUAAUAGAGAGCAUACAUAACCUGUGUGAUCCUGUCUCCGACUUGCUGAAUAAAAUCCCAAAUAACAACACAACUAUCACCGUCCAAAGGCUCCACACGGGUUCAACAGUUGCACAAGAUAAACUGUAUGGGAGGGGUGCCAUUUUUGAGAGAACUAUAAAUGCUCUGACCAGUGGCACAUAUGAUGGUGAAACCCUUUCUGUUCUGCCUUUUGUCGGUCCUGGGGGUAUGGGAAAGACAACCUUCACCCAACACUUGUAUAAUGAUAAAAGGGUUGAGGAGCAGUUCACUGUCAGGGUCUGGGUGUGUGUCUCAACUGAUUUUGAUGUGCUCAACCUCAGCCGACAGAUCCUUAGAUGCAUACCUGCAAUUGAAAAAGAACAACACAAGUGUACUGUCGAGACUGCCAAUUUAGACCAGCUUCAGAAAUCCAUUGCAGAGAGACUGAAGACCAAAAGGUUUUUAAUUGUCUUGGAUGAUAUUUGGAAAUGCAAUAGUGAAAGUGAUUGGAAUAACCUUUUAGCUCCAUUUAAAAGGGGGGAAACAAAGGGCAACAUGGUUCUUGUCACCACUAGAUUUCCCUCUAUAGCACAUAUGGUGAAAACAACUGAUCUAGUAGAGCUGCAUGGUCUGGAGCCUAAUGACUUUUUGGAAUUCUUUGAAGUAUGCAUAUUUGGUCAUAGCAAACCUGUGCAUUAUGAAGAUGACCUAAUUGAUGUUGCAAGAGACAUUGUUAAGAAACUAAAGGGUUCACCACUAGCAGCCAAUACAGUUGGUCGGUUAUUAAGGAAUAACAUUUCUCGGGAAUAUUGGAUUAGAGUUCUUGAAAAGAAUGAGUGGCAAAAUGCAAAAAAUGAUGAUGAUAUUAUGCCUUCUCUGAAAAUUAGCUAUGAUUACCUCCCUUUCCUACUAAAAAAAUGUUUUUCAUAUUUUGCUCUGUUCCCUGAAGAUUAUAAGUUUUAUAAUUUGGAAAUUACUAGCUUUUGGACUGCCAUAGGUAUCAUAGACUCUAGUUACCAAAACGAUAAUAAUUAUUUAGAGGAACUAGUAGACAAUGGUUUUCUCAUGAAGGGAGUUGAUAGGUAUGAUGAUCAAUACUAUGUGAUGCACGAUUUAUUGCAUGAACUAUCCCGUAAUGUGUCGUCACAAGAAUGCGUCAAUAUAAGUAGUUUAAGUUUCAGUGCUGAUAACAUCCCACAAUCUAUUCGACAAUUAUCAAUCACCAUAAAUGAUACAUAUGAUGAAAGUUUUGAAGAAGAAAUGGGUAAACUGAAGGGUAGGUUAGACAUUGCAAAUUUGCGGACUUUGAUGAUUUUUGGGUUAUGUAAUGCAAGCAUAGCUAAUGUUUUGAAAGACACAUUUGAGGAAUUGAAGGGCCUCCGAGUAUUAUUUAUAGCAAUCAACAUGCCAACAUCUCUGCCUAACAACUUUUCAAAACUUAUCCACCUUCAAUACCUUAAGAUUGGUUCACCCUAUAACUUAGAAAUGACUUUACCUAGCACCUUGUCUAGAUUUUACCACUUAAAAUUCCUGGACCUACAAGCUUGGAAUGGUAGUAGAAAGUUGCCUACAGACAUUAGCUGCCUUGUGAAUUUACGCCAUUUCAAUUCUUCCAAAAAACUCCACUCCAAUAUUCCCGAGGUUGGAAAGAUGAAGUGCUUACAAGAGCUAAAAGAGUUCCAUGUUAAGAAAGAGGGUGUUGGGUUUGAAUUGAGAGAGCUGGGGGAACUGGGAGAGCUAAAAGGAGAACUCCGCAUAUGCAAUCUUGAAACUGUGGCGUCCAAGGGGGAAGCUAGUGCUGCUAAACUGAAGAAUAAAAAGAAUCUGAAAGGGUUGAAAUUAGUUUGGGGUACGGAGCACCAAACCAUAGAUGAUGAUGUUCUUGAUGGUCUUCAACCACACCCUAAUCUUAGGGUGCUUGGCAUUAUAAAUCCUGGUGUUGCACCUUGUCCUAGAUGGUUGUGUGGUGACAUUAGCACAAAAAGGUUGGAGUCUCUUCAUCUGGAGGGUCUUUCUUGGUGUCCUCUUCCAGCUUUUGAGCAGCUACCACACCUCAGUAGUCUCACUUUGAAAAAUAUUGCUGGGUUGAGUGUGUUCGGGCCUGGCUUUAGUGGUGUUACAGAAAGAAGCUUCAUGCACCUGAAGACACUUGAGUUUGAGAAUAUGCCAGAGCUUGUGGAGUGGGUCGGGGAACCUAAUAGCCAUUUGUUUUCAAGGCUUGAAAGCAUCAAGUUUGGAGGUUGUCCCCUUCUCAGCUUGUUUCCCUUCUUAGAGUGCUCUGGCCUAUUUACCAACCUGUGUAGUCUUCAUAUCGAAAACUGCCCCAAGUUGUCUCAGUUCCCACCCAUGCCUCACACCUCCACAAUAACAGAUAUUCAUGUGAAAAAUGAUGGGUCAGAGCUAUUAUAUGAUGGUAAGCAAUUGAGCAUUGAAGGGUAUGCCGGUACUUUGGCUUUCCACAAUAUGGAUAAAGUAGAGGUUAUGAAAAUUACGGAUGUAUCACACAUUCCGUUUGCAGACCUCCAAAAGCUAAAUUCGUUGACAAGUAUACAUUUCAAGAAAUGCGACGACAUGUUUUCUGCAGAAAUGGCUGACAGUGUUGUCAUCCAUUCAGUUCAGAAUCUUGGUAUAGAGGAAUUACAUAUUACUGGAGAAUUGUUCUCAAAGAUUUUGAAGUGUUUCCCGGCCCUUUCCCAGCUUACCAUGGGAGAGUGUAAGAGCCUUGAACUUCUGCCUGUGGAGGAUGGAGGACUCUUGGGCCUCGAGAUGCUCCAAUCAUUUACAGGAUACAAUUGUGGGAAGCUGUUCUCUCGGUGGCCCAAGGGAGAAGCAGGCGCAGGAGCUCAUGCCAUCAAGCCUUUCCCUGCUUCCCUCAGGGAACUUUGGAUUUCCAUAGAGCCAAGCAUGCAGUCAAUGGGUCUGCUCUCAAACCUCACGUCCCUCACCAGUCUGACCCUGUCAAGUUGUAUGGAAUUGACAAUGGAUGGGUUCAGUCCUCUCAUCACAGUCAACCUCAAGAAAUUUGCCGUAGAUGCUAGGCAUUCGAAGCAAGAGAACAUGUCUAUUGCAGGGGAUCUGCUGUCAGAGAUUGCAAGGAGCAAAUUAGUGCGUGCAGGUUCUUUCCAGCUGGAAGAAAUUUUGGUGGAUAGCAUCUCGGCAGUGCUUACUGCUCCCAUCUGCAGCCACCUUGCCGCAAGCCUCCACACAUUGAUGUUCACUUCUGAUGAGCGGGCAACAACCUUCACGGAAGAGCAAGAGCAAGCUCUGCAGCUCCUCACCUCCCUCAAAAAUCUAGAAUUUCAUGGUUGCAAGAACCUGCAGUCCCUCCCUCAAGGGUUACCUGACCUUUCUUCUCUGACGAAACUAACGAUCGGUAUUUGUGAGAAAAUCCUAUGCAUCCCGCCAGAGUGCUUCCCCGCUUCACUGAAAGGGCUUGGAGUAAUAUCUUGCAGUCCCGAGCAAAUUGAGCAAGCCAGAAAACUGAAAGAAAGUGACCCAUGGUUUUUUGUAAGUGUUGUCUCCCCCUUCCAGGUGGCCCCCGAGUUCAACUAUAGUAGGCGAUUGAAUGGCAAAGGUCCAGAGUGGCAGCUGCAGGUUAGGAUGUGGCAGCUGCACGAUUUCACUUUUGAGCAACGUUAUCAACAUGAUUUCAUUCUGCAAACUGUGCCUCAUUCGGAGAGAAACAACAGUUCUGAUGGUAGCUUUCUCACAAUUCCAAUGUUGGAGCAGUAUCAAACAGAAAGGGAGGAUCAUCCCAUCAAGUCAUCAUUGCCUUUAUUAGUUCAGUGCCCUAUUUUCUUCAACUCGCAAGUAGGAACAGUCAUGGAAACAUAUAAUCUGCAGCUUAAAUUGGUGGUAGAUCCUACAAUUGCAACCGAAGGUGAAUUUUGUUUCUCUCGCAAUUUUAGCAGAUUUGCAUUCAGAACAACUGCAGCAAAGUUCAUAAGGAGGAACGACGCGCUCGCUGUGGCCUGCUUCUUCCUGACCGGCGAACCAGGACAAUUGCAACCAAUGGGGACUGUGAGCUCUCGCGGUUGUCAUUGCAUUCAGGACCUAAGCUCUUCCAUCCAAAUAAUAAUAGCAAUGGAAGAUCUUCUGAAGCAGCAAUUCCAGGAAGGUUUUCCGCCAACUGUGCUCCCUACUGGGGUGGCUUGUGAUGCCACUUGCUCGAUCGAUGCUAACCCCAUCAUCUGCCUCUGCAUGUACGCACGUCGUCGGAGUAAUCUGAGGCCGAGACCGAGCUGCUGCAAAUUCGACAAAUCCUCCAUGAAGCAAAUGAAGUUCUUUUCUUUUCUAUCUUCAUUCCCUACAGCAGGAACAGCUAGUCCCUACAGUAGGAACAACUAUCUGAUCAGAUAUUCCGAAGUUCAAAGUGGUAUCCUCUUCCGUGUCCAGGAAUCCGUGCCCGAUGCUGUAUCUGCUCAUCUCACUCCCUCAACGACGCGCUCACUGCGGGCUGCCACUUCCUGCACACAAAACGAGGCCACCAUCCCGUUCCUCACCGACGUGAUGCGCUCCACGGGGUUGUCAUGUGCUGUCACAUCCUCGAUCGAGGCAACCGCACCAUCUGCCUUUGGUGGUGCGCCCGCCCUGCUAGCUGUAUGCUCUGCAACUAUAGUAGUCCCAGCUCCUAGACCGACCUCGCCAGCUUCAACUCCUGCACGGCAUAUUGCCAUGUCACCGGCGUAAUUUGGGGCCGACACCAAGCUGCUACCAGUGCCUACUUAGGAACAUCUAUCUGAACCUGACUGAAAAUUCAAAUGGCACCAUAUUCAGUGUCCAGGAAUCCGGGGUCGUUGCUGCAAAGCGGUACGCCAGUACCUCAUCCGAUCCUGCGCCUCGGGUUCGCACAUCAGCUCUGCUUACUCUGCCUCCUACGCAAGACAACCUCACCAUCUUCGACCCCGGCACUGCCUGGGCCCAUAUCACCGGCGCAACUUGGGGCUGAGACCGAGGGGCUCAUCAUCCACGCCCUGAUGUUCUGCGCCAUUAGCACCAUGUGUACAUGGAUACACCUGCAUGUAUUUGUUAGAUGAACUACUUGACAGACAUGAGCACGGAUUAUCAUCUUUCUUGUGAAAGAGUACACGUUGAUUCGUCGUGUAGAUGAUAAAUGUAUAGACUUAUGUGACAGCAAGACACAGUGUAGAUUCGUCGCAAGAAAAAGACACGGUUUAGAUUAUGUUGAUGACACCGAGACAUCUGUUAGCAACUUAGCAUGUCUUGUUUCAACUUCCUGUUGUGCAUAUAUCUAGGCAUAAAUCAAUA